CUGGACUGCAAGGUGUAAGGUGUUUGCUCUGAACCUGAGAGGAGGAAUUUCGGGCGUUUUUCCUGGACUCUGGCGCCAUUGUGACCAGAACAACGAAAGUAUAUCCACAACUAACAGGUGUAAAUGCCUCCCAAAAUGCCUCCCAAAAAGCAUAAAGGGCAAAAGGAUAUCAGUUCCUUUUUUCCGAAGAAAAGUGACGAUCCUGGCAGCAGCAGUACAGAGAAAACACAGCUAGGUGGAGCUACAGCCUCUCAGAAUGCCACAGGCUUUCAAUGGAAAGUGAAGGAAGAGAAUGGCUUUGACGGCGAACAUUCACAUCAUUUCACUGUGAAAUUCAGUCGACAUGGCCCUAAGGAAUACAACGUGAACUGUCAUCAACCUUGCACGGUGCUCGAGGCAAUAAAAUCAACUGAAAAAUACAAGGAGAAGGUUAAAUGUGCAGAUGCAAACAUUAUAAUUCAGCUGGGUAAAGAGGAUAAGGAAUCUAUUGUUCCAACACAUUUCCCUUGUUCUUGUAUCAGUGAUGAUGAGUGUCUGAUCAUAUCAUGUAAAAAAGAAACGAUCGAAGAGGCCCAAGACCAACAGAACAAAAUAAUAUAUCCAAGAGACAGAUAUAUAGUCUUCUUCAUAGAUACCAUAGGAGGCGUGAACGCCAAAUCAAAGGAGCUUUUUAGAAGCAGUGUUGUCAAACAGUACAAGACUCUCUGUGUUUAUGGAGAGAAGGGUAUGACUGUGGAAGCAGCUCUGAAAAGAGACGGUCGCUUCAUUGAUGACCUCGGCAAAUUUAGUCUGUCUGACAAUGAGAAUCCAAAUAUUCUCACUGACUGUACAGUAACAGUUGACAACCUUGAUCAGAAAUUACUCAAGAUAUGUCUUCCACUGAACAAGAGAAAAAGUGAUGAAAAACAACAGGAAAAGGAAGGUGCAUCAAAUAAUUUACAAAACGAGCAUGAGACAAGGUCAGUCGAAGAUGUAGUGAAGCAGAGUGGAGUCAGUGUAAAAAGAGCAGUAGAAAAGUCGGGCAGCAACAACACAGACGAGAUUUAUGAGAUACUGUGCCAGCAGUUUCCAGAUCUGAAAAAAUGGAUGGAGGAAAGAUUCUCUGGUAAUUCGUAUGAGGAAGAAUUGACCCUGAGGAAGGAAGACUUUGGAAAGAUCCAACAGUCUUUUAGCGAAGUUCACAGAGUCAGGAAUCUGCUGAAACUGGGCGAGUCAGUUUGUAAAGUCGUUGUUAAGGAUGUUUGUCAGGGAACAGGCUUUGUGCUGUUUGAUAACUUUAUCCUGACUAAUGCACAUUUAUUUGAAGAUAAGGUUGAUGUCAAAAAGUUGCAGCUGGAUGUAGAUGUGUGGGCUCUAUUUAACUAUGAUGAUCCUGAGCCUGACACAAACUUCUACCACUUCAGUUGUGAGAAAACAUUAAUUGACUUUGAUGUUGAGCUAGAUUAUGCCAUACUGGAGCUCAACCCUGAGGGCCGAAGCAACAAACAAAGAAGAAAGCCAAAGAAAAUAAAAGUACCACCAGGGCUCCUGAAGAAAUUUGGUCCAUUGCCUCUGAAGGGUGAAGCCUGUAUCAUUGGUCACCCAGAGGGAAGACUGAAAGAAAUGGAUUCUACAUGUAUCAUUGAGAAAGAGAAAAGGCUAAAGGCUAUCAAUGAUCAUUUACAGCCUUACACAGACAGUAAGUUCAUCAUCCAGUCAAUCAAUCAAGUGCUCAAAGCUCAAGGCAUUGAAAACAUAAUGAUGGGUGGAAGGGAUGCAGAAAAAGUAGUGACCUAUAACACUUUCAUGUAUCACGGCUCCUCUGGCUCCCCAGUGUUUGAUGCUCUUGGCCGAGUUGUUGGUUUGCACACUGCAGGAUUUACCUACGAUACCAGUAUGUUCGACCCAAAGCGUAAAGAGAGUGCGAUAGAGUUCGCCCAUCCUCUGCUUACUAUAUUUAAAAAGUUUGUGGGUAAUCUGAUGGAAAAGGAGAAAGAGCAGCUGUUGACGAGAAUUGAGAAGGAAGCGGAGGAAAACAAGCACCUAAAAGAGGUACUCAAGGCUGAGAGAGCAAAUCAUGAGGAGCCAAUGGAGACAAAUUAGGUAUAAAUUAGCUUCUCCAGGAAGUCGCUAAACACAUCUGGCUUGACUUUCUUCCUGUGCUGAGACACACCUGAGAAAGCAGCUGAGGCCAGCCAGCCUUUGCUUGUUUUCUAUUUUAUUUUAUCUAUCUUAUUUUAAAUGUUUUUACUUAUUCUAUGCCUCUGUAAACCUCUUUUGAAAUGCUUUGUUUUUGUGUUUUAAAUGAAAUUCCAGGCCAUAAACAUAUUUGUUCUUAAUGUCUUGCCUGGUGUAAAAUAAGGGUUAAAUAAAAGUAAGAACUAUAUAUCAUGUACUUAAGGUCUUUUUUAUAUAAUUCUUUGCCUCUGUAAACCAUUUUGAAUUGCCUUGUGUCUGAAUGUUUUUUUGUUAAUAAACUUGCCUUUGCAUGGAAAAAA